ACUCUGUGCCGUGAGAGUCUUCAAGAGAGAUAAACUAGCUUUCAGAUAAAAGCUUGAUGGGACUUUAGCAUGCAGAAGAGAGGGCUGUUUUAAGGGAAAAAAAACUCCCCACAGAAAGCAAUAUCCCCACGCCUCCCACACUGCUUCCUCUGUACUGAUUGUCUUGUUUCCUCACACUCAUCUGAUCGCACUUCAGGCACGGGACAGCAUGACUAGCGGAUACAAGGACGGGACACCUGAAGAGGAAUACGCUCACUCGCCGUUUAUCAGGAAACAGGGGAACAUUUACAAACCAAACAAUAAAGAAAUGGAUAACGACAGCAUCAACGAAAAGACACUUCAGGAUGUCCACACCAAGGAGAUUGACCUGGUCAACCGAGACCCAAAGCAUUUAAAUGACGAUGUGGUGAAGGUGGACUUUGAGGACGUGAUCGCCGAGCCUGCCGGCACCUACAGCUUCGACGGCGUGUGGAAGGCGAGCUUCACCACCUUCACAGUAACCAAAUAUUGGUGCUACAGGCUGCUGACAGCGCUGGUGGGCAUCCCACUCGCCCUGGUAUGGGGCAUCUUCUUCGCCAUCCUCUCCUUCAUCCACAUCUGGGCCGUGGUGCCUUGCGUGAAGAGCUACCUAAUCGAGAUCCACUGCAUCAGUCGAGUUUACUCCAUCUGUGUGCACACCUUCUGCGACCCACUCUUUGAGGCCAUGGGGAAAUGCUUUAGUAACGUCCGGGUCACUGCUACUAAGGUGGUGUAAGGACAGAGUGAAAGAGAAGAGCCAGAGGGAUCGGGUGGGAUGGGGGAAUGGAAACCAAUGUCCAAUGUUGGGAGGUAAAUCAAACGUAGCCUCUGUAAUAAAGAGGAAACAAAAAAUGUGAGCAGAAGUGAAGGGUUGACUCUCCAUUCCUGUUCAAAUGCAUCUGUGAGAUUUGUCUACUCAGCUUUGGAUUUAGGGGACGUGUGUUGAAAAUCUCUAAUUUUCUUUGUCAUUUGUUAGCAUUUAUCAUUGUAGGAAUACUGUUUCAGCCUUACUUUUAUUGUGACAGUUCAUGGAAAAAUGCUAAUUCUUUUAAGUGUUUACUGACACUAAUGUCAUUCCAAAUUUUCCAAGCUCCUAAAGUGCAAUAAUAGUGGUUUGUAUGACUAGUGUGAUAAUUCCAAGUCUGUCAAAAACAGAGAAAUGCACGUUGACCACUUUUAUGGUGCUUUUGAAGGUCCUGUUUUUUUUUUUUUUUUUUUCAUUUUAAGGCAUGGAGCUUGACUAUUAUUAUUUGUAAUGGAAUUUUUAGAAAAGCCAUCGCUUGAUCAACUGGAAUAUCUUUCAUGAAAUUCCAGAUUGCAUAAAAACGUAUUGAAAUAACUGGAUUUUGGACACAAUAGGCUACUUCUAAUCAAAUAGGUAUAGGAGUUUGGAAUGAUAUUAGAUUCACUAAAUAAUGACAGAAUUUAGAUUUUUAGGGUGAACUAUCCCUUUAAGAUUUGCCUGCUGGGACAAGGCUGUGAAUUUGUGUUUUUAUUUUCUGGUUUUGUUUGUUUUAUCCCAUUUCUAUCACUGACACGUCCAUUUAUUCGGUCCAAAAAUACUUGUAGUGUGUAAACAUUACAUAGUAGAUUCCAGUAGUUUUGCUAUGUUUAUCCUUCAAUUUGGGUACUAUCGCCCUUUUUUGGUCAUGAAUGGGGUUUAUGUAAUCCAGAUAUUUUUUGUGUGUGUUUUUGGGAGAGGGUUCAGGGAAUCUGAACAAAUUUUAAAGG